CUAACUCAGCCUGAACUGUAGAGUAAUUAGAGUGGGAGCUGUGCUGUUAGGCGGUUAGUUGUUAGCCGGAGUAAAUACAGUAAAAUCUGUUAAAUCUCUGAAUUUCAGGAUGAAGGACGCGCUCGGGUUCCUAAAACAGCAGCAAAGCAGCAGCGCGACGCCAGAAAUGGCCGCAGAAUGGCACAGACUGGAGGAUUUCUACAACAGAAAGUUAUGGCACCAGCUGACACUGAAGCUGUCCGACUUUGUCCAAGAUCCAUAUUUCUCCAAAGGCGAUGCUCUUAUUCAGCUUUAUGAAAACUUCAUCAGUGAUUUUGAACACAGAAUCAAUCCGUUGUCAUUAGUGGAAAUGAUCCUACAUGUUGUCAGACAAAUGCCAGAUCCCAAUACUGCCAUAACUUUUCUUGAGAAAACCAGAGAAAAGGUGAAAGCGAGUGAUGAGGCAGUUAUUCUCUGUAAAACGAAGAUUGGCAGCCUCAAGCUGGACAUUAAUGAUCUUCCAGCGACAAAGAAACUGAUCGAGGAAGUGGAGGAGUUGUUGAACAGCCUGCCAGGAGUAACAUCCAUCCAUGGCAGGUUCUACGAUCUCUCCAGCAAAUAUUACCGCAUUAUUGGAAAUCAUGCCCUCUACUAUAAAGAUGCUCUCCGGUACCUCGGCUGUGUGGACGCAAAAGACCUGCCAGAGGCAGAGCAACAGGAGAGAGCCUUCACGUUGGGAUUGGCUGGGCUCCUCGGGGAGGGUGUGUACAAUUUUGGAGAGCUGCUCAUGCAUCCUGUGCUGGAGUCACUGAGGAACACAGAUAAACAGUGGUUGAUAGAGACGCUCUACGCUUUUAACUCUGGAAAUGUGGAAAAGUUUAGAGCUCUAAAAUCCACUUGGGGGCAGCAGCCUGACCUUGCUGCACAGGAGCCCAAACUCAUGCAGAAAAUCCAACUGCUGUGUGUGAUGGAGAUGACUUUCACCAGACCAGCAAAUCACAGGCAGCUGACAUUCCAAGAAAUCUCUCAGAGCACCAAGGUCCCGGUGAAUGAGGUGGAGCUUCUGGUGAUGAAGGCUCUGUCUGUCGGACUCAUCAAAGGCAGUAUAGAUGAGGUGGAUCAGAAGGUGCAGAUGACAUGGGUUCAGCCGAGAGUGCUCGACUUGCCACAGAUAAAGGGCAUGAAAGAUCGCCUGGACUUCUGGUGUGGAGACGUGAAGAGUAUGGCCAUUCUGGUGGAGAAGCAGGCUCAGGAGAUCCUCACAUAAACUUAAAUACACACACACACGGACACCGUAACCUGUUCUUUACUUGUGAGAUGUUGGUGCAUGACUUUACAUAUUUCAUUAAAGAGAUUUCUCAUAA